CUGGACUCAGAGAGGUAAAUCAGCCGCAGCAGGGGCAGCGCAGGGUCUCACGGACUCCCAGGGACUUCUCCUUCGUAAGGGGCAAUUGCUGCCAGUGAGGGUCAGUAACCAGGAUGGCUGCCCUGAGUCAGAAGCGAAGCUGCGGGCAAAUUAUGGAAGAAUUCAGAGAAUUCAUGUGGAACCCCCGGACCCGGGAAUUCAUGGGCAGAACGGGCAGCAGCUGGGGACUCAUCCUGCUCUUCUACUUGGUGUUCUACGCGUUCCUCACCGCGAUGUUCAGCCUCACCAUGUGGGUGAUGCUGCAGACCAUCGACGAGUACAACCCCAAGUACUCGGACCGGCUGGCCAAUCCAGGUUUAAUGAUUCGCCCCAAGACGGACGGUCUGGACAUAGUGUACAACGUGACGGAAGGUCAGGCCUCCUGGGGCAAAUAUUCCAGCGCCCUGGACAGUGUGCUGGGGGAUUAUAACCUCACGGUCCAGGAGCAGCGGGGCUCGGCGUGCAACGGCGGAGCGUACAACAGACAGGAGGACACGGGAGACGUGAGGAAUUACCCCAAGAGGGCCUGUCAGUUCCUGCGCAGCUCCCUGGGCCUCUGCUCCGGCCUCGAAGACAACUCGUAUGGGUACAAAGAUGGGACGCCCUGUGUGCUCAUCAAAAUGAACAGGGUCAUUCAUUUCCUGCCCAGCGUCAUCCCCCAGCUGUCUAAUACCUCGAUUACCGUCAACUGCACCGGGAAGACUGAAGAAAACGAACGGCUUUUGGGUAAAAGGGUUUAUUUCCCCAAUAACGGGACUGGCCUCGGCACCAUCGAUCUGAUGUAUUUCCCUUAUUAUGGCAACAAAGCUCAGAAGAAUUACACGCAGCCCCUGGUGGCCGUCCGCUUUGAGAACGCGAUGCGGAACGUGGAUCACCUCGUGGAGUGCAGAGUGAACGCGGGGAACAUCAACAACAAGGACGACAGAGACAAAUUCGCCGGCCGCGUGGCCUUCAGACUCCGGAUCAACAACUGAGAGCCGAGCCGGCCGGGGCCCCGACUCUGCAACGCCGUCACAGUGUAAAUUACCCCCUCCCCCGUAACCGCAGCACCUGUCGGCGACUCGCUCGGCGCCUCCAAGCCGGUGGAAGCUCUGGGCUCAGCGAAGCGCGUCGGGGGACACGUCGGGGGCCGUGCGUGGACGCUUUGGGGAAGCACGAGCUCCGUUAUACAGGCGCCUCUGGAGUGCCCAGCGGCUCCGGGUCCCCCCCCCCCGUUACAGAACCUGCCCCCCCAAAUGAGUAUUGCCCCAAAUCCCACUGACCCUGGGGCAGAACGUUUUCAGGGAUGAGAAAUGUUUUUAUUCUUGUAGCUACACCGGCUAUGCGCGUCGGUUACGGUGCGCCUCGGUGGUCUCAUGUACAUGAAACACAAAACCCCGCAGGACUCUUUUGUAAAUAUUUUACCUUAACGCAAAAAUACCAAAUACCCCACCAAGUGUGUGACGAGGGCAAAUAACUUGCCCUCCAAUAAAGUGUUCCCCCCAAUAAAACCUCUUUGUGUUAAA